CCCCAGCUCCCUACAUGCUGGUGUCAUUUGUGCUCACACCUUCUGCUGCAUCAUACGAUGCUCCCCGGACCCGCAACACGGAUGAGCAGCACUGAGUGACAACGGUCAGCUGUAUAAAGAGGGAAUGGAUCCAGUGUGAGCCUUGCAACACCAUCCUGCCCAGCUGCUGUGUAACUGUGUAGCCAUGGCAACUUGUACACGUGGCUGUGCACCCGCGGUGCGCCUCUGCCAGAAGCUGAAUCGACUCAAGACGCUGGAUGAUGACAUGAUGGCCACAUCGCUGAAACGCUGCCUGUCCACCCUGGACCUGACUCUGCUGGGUGUUGGUGGCAUGGUGGGCUCUGGGCUUUAUGUUUUGACUGGCACCGUGGCCAAAGACAUGGUUGGGCCUGCUGUCAUCAUAUCCUUCCUUUUUGCAGGUAUUGCUUCAUUAUUGGCUGCCUUUUGUUAUGCUGAGUUUGGAGCGCGCAUUCCCAAAACAGGAUCUGCCUACAUGUUCACUUAUGUCUCUGUGGGAGAGAUCUGGGCCUUUCUUAUUGGCUGGAAUGUGAUUUUGGAGAACAUGAUAGGGGGUGCUGCUGUGGCACGUGCAUGGAGUGGCUACCUGGACUCCAUUUUUAACCACGCCAUCCAAAACUUUACUGAGACACACAUUAUGCAGUGGAAUGUGCCCUUCCUCGCCCAUUAUCCUGAUGUGCUUGCAGCAGGGAUUCUAGUAGUGGCCUCUUUCCUCAUUUCCUUUGGAGUUCAAGUGUCCUCUUACCUCAACCACAUCUUCUCUACCAUUAGCAUGGGUGUCAUAGCUUUCAUCCUGGUGUUUGGCUUUGUACUGGCUGAACCAGCCAACUGGAGCCAGAAAGAGGGAGGCUUCGCCCCUUUCGGGCUAUCUGGAAUACUGGCAGGCUCAGCCACGUGUUUUUACGCCUUUGUGGGUUUUGAUGUAAUUGCAUCCUCAAGUGAGGAGGCGAAGAACCCGCAGAAAGCUGUUCCCAUCGCCACUGCCAUCUCCCUUGGUUUGGCAACAGUGGCCUACAUCCUGGUUUCUACAGUGCUCACACUCAUGGUACCCUGGCACACGCUGGACCCCAACUCAGCUCUGGCAGACGCUUUCUUUCGCCGUGGUUAUAGUUGGGCAGGAGUUGUUGUGGCAGUCGGAUCCAUCUGUGCCAUGAACACUGUCCUGCUCUGUAACCUCUUCUCCCUCCCGCGGAUUGUUUAUGCCAUGGCAGAGGAUGGGCUCUUCUUUUCCAUUUUCGCCAGAGUCAAUCCUGUCACCAAAGUCCCUGUCAAUGCUAUUGUGGUGUUUGGAAUCCUCAUGGCUACCAUGGCCCUCAUCUUUGACCUGGAGGCCUUGGUCCAGUUCCUGUCCAUUGGCACCCUCCUAGCUUAUACCUUUGUGGCGGCCAGUGUCAUCGUGCUGCGCUUCCAGCCUGAGAAAACAAGCUCCAAGGGCACCGCUUCCACAUCUCCCAACCCUAAUGCCGAGCCUUCCCCCGCUCCCUCAGAGUCUCAAACCAUAACAGAGGACAGCGGGGAGCUGAAGGAAUACGAGUCUUUCUCUGACAAGCUCCAGUUGGUGGAGAGGCAGAAGACGAAGGAGCCCCGCGGGGUGGGGCAGCUGAAGGCCUUCUGGGAACCAUACCUGGGCCGGCUGCUGGGCGACUUUGAGCCAGGGGAGGUGGUGGCCUUCUCUGUGCUGGCUCUGAUGGUGAGCUCAGUAUCCCUCUGUGCUGUGGUGGAGUUUGGAAACAAUCAGCUGCAGCUGCCUCUCUGGAGCUUCUCGAUGCUGCUGGUGAUUUUUAGCUUAGCUUACAUCCUCAGCAUGCUGCUAAUAUGGGCUCAUGAGCCUCAGACCAACAACAAAACCUUCCAGGUGCCCCUGGUUCCACUGAUUCCAAGUGCCAGUAUCCUCUUUAAUAUAUUUCUCAUGUUGAAACUCAGUCCUCUAACCUGGAUUCGAUUCACCGUAUGGAUCGCCAUAGGUCUGUUUGUUUAUUUUGGCUAUGGGAUCUGGCACAGCAAGGAGGGCCAUCGGGAGCUGCAGCCCAAAGACAUGGCGGCCAGGUACGUGGUGCUUCCCAGUGGCAGCCUGGUAGAGACAGUUCAGUCUGUCCAGCCAGAUGGACAGGUGGACACGUCGGCCCACAUCAACCCCUCCAUUGCCUCGACGGCGGAUGAGGAAUAUCCUGGAAAAAGAUGAUGUGUAAUCGGCCAUACGUAGUCACUGCAGUGGGCCAAUAUUAUCUGUCAGCUCCCACUCAUGCGCUGUAAUAUUAUGACUGUACUCUCUAUAUUUCACUCCUUUAAGCGUGUGACUGGCCUGACACUAUGUAUACUGCCACAACACUGCAAAAAUAUCCAUCUUAACAAGUCAUUUCAUUUCAUACUCAGUUUAAAAUUUUGUUGUGUGAAAAAAUGUGCCAGCGGGAUGAGAUAAUCCAGUUUAACUUGUUUUCUGGGAACAAGUCUAAAAAUGUUAAAACAUGGCAGAAUAGGCCAGAUCAGCCUGUUGCUAUCAAGGAUAUUACACUUGAUUCAAAAUUCUGGAAACAAGAUGAUUUGGUUAAAAAAAAACAAAAAAACAACCACCACCACCACAACAACAACAAAACGUGGGAUUAUCUGUCCCCCUUGGCAGAUUUUUUCCACUUGUUUGGAGAAAAAAACACAUUUUAAGACCGAGUAUGAGACUCGGUGACUUGGUGAGAUGGAGAUUUUUGUUGUGAAGUCUUGAUUUCUUGCUCUGCCUAUGUAAGCACACCACAAGAUGGGAUGCACGCUCUCUGUCUCUUUGUGAAGCAUAUUUGUAUCUCUUGUAAUGCUGGAACGUAGAGAGCUUUAUUACUGUCCUUUAUCUCCUAGCAUCAAAGUUGUGGUAUAUCCUUUCAAAACCAGCGCUUUUCUUGCAUCCUUGCCAGUAACGUAACCAACUCUGGUCCUUCCUCUACAGUUUGUCAAAAUCCAAGUGUGUUUGUAAGUAAUAUGGUGCUUUCUUUGUGACAAACUGUACUUUUAGUCAAAUAUACUCAGUGGAUGAUUAUUAUUAUUAUUUUUUUAAUUAAUUAAGGAACAUUUGGAGCUGGAAAAUCAACAGUCACUCAGAAUUUUAUCCCAAAUCAUCCUGGGUAUAAUAUCAGUUUUUUUGUUGCAUGUUUUUUCGUCAAGCAGAGGAAUGCAUAAACUUUCACAUUCAUGUACAAAAUGUAUGCCAGUUUACAUUUUUGCCCUUUUUCUCAAACUCUCACUCUCCCUAAAGCUUCAGGAGACACUACGGGGCUCUUAGUCAUGUGCAUCCUCUUAUGGACCCUGACCUUUUUGAUCUUCUUAAGUCCAUCUCUGUCCUUUGAUUCCCACAUAACUGCCCUGCCUGCAGCAGCCUCUUACUUAAUCAAAUAUGUUAAGGCAUUUCUUUGUUUUUCUACUAUUAUGAAUAUUUUGUGUUUACAUUUCACCUGUAAGCGUUAGCACCAGUGUUGUGUGUGUGUGUGUGUGUAUUGAUUCGCUGCCUGCCAUCUUUGUUAAUCAGUAUGUGUGUUAAAUGAAAGAGCACCAGGUUCUGCAUGUACUUUGGCGCUAUAGUUUCCAUCAGUAAUUUGUGUUGCCCUUUUUAAUUAGGUGACUAGGCAAUUUGAUCCUUCAUUUAAUCCCCUAACUCUCAUCCCAUGACCCUGUUCUCUUUUGUCUCACGGAUCUUGCACUUCUGCAGGGUUUUCCCACACAGCUGCCCGUUCUCCUGGCUCCAUGUUGGCAUGAGAUUAGAUACAAAGCACAGAUUAUUGAGCUCUUGUUAAAUGGGUAUAUCCUUACUUUCCUGAGAUUACCUGAGAGAUAAUUAGAUUGUUUGAUAUAUAAAGCAAGCACAAACCAACUGCCUGGAUGUCUGCAGUGGGUACGAUACUGGCUGGCAAGGGAACAUUAUUUUGCUAAGUAUGGGUUGUGCUUCAUCCCUCGGAGGCCUCAGUAAUCCGGCAGAUUUGCAGCAAUUCCCAUCCCUGCGGCUAGUCUGUAGUUUGACCUAGAUUAUAGACGUGCACACAUGUGAGAUCACUCAGUCACAGUGCGGCAUUACUCUCACUGUCAUCGAGACAACAGUCUCAUGGCUUAAAUUGGUAAACAUCAGUAAGAAUAAGUGAGCAUGAGGCUCUCUUUGCCUUUUUAUUAUCAACUUUACCGUUAAUUCCAUGUCUCAUCUUUGUGUUUCACUUGAUAAAAGUACCCCAGCACUUGACCUUAUGUUGAUUUAUUUAUUUCACCAUUAGCAUGUUUGUAUGUGACACACGAGAAACCGAUGGCCUUAAAAAUGUUCUAAUCAAUGCAGAGUGAUUUCCAAAGCAUACGUGAUUUUCGUCUGAAGGAUUUCAGUUGUUACUUUUUUUUUUCUGAUCAGCACAGAUUUACUUGUAUUUAUUUCAGUAUUUGAUAAAAAUCUAGCAUACAGAACAGUAUCACAAAAUCGAAAGAAUCAGUGUACAAACUUGGAAUAGAAUAUGGGUGGCAUUGCUGUGUGAUUCUGAAAAAAACACAGUUAUGUUCAAGGGAUUUUUUUGUAUAACUUUGCACACUGUUUGAAAACUACAUGUCUGUAAUUUUGAGUCUCCGCUACAUUUUUGAUGUCGGGGCAAGUGACAGAAUUGACACUGUGGUGCUUUUGGCAAGCUGAACGUUCUCUCACCUCUUUGAAUUACCGUCUCUGUCUCUUUUGUGCCAGAAAGCACAGUUAUGUAAGUUUUCUGAUUCUUUUCUUACUUCUGAAUAGUAUUGUACUCUGUACUGGCACAUUAAAAUCUCAACUCUUUCUGUUAAAGUGUAUGUCUGUACAAAGUGAAAAAGACUGUGUUAAUAAUGAAAAAUAAAUGUUUU